AUGCAGAUCUUUGUCAAGACUCUCACUGGCAAGACCAUCACCCUUGAGGUUGAGUCCAGCGAUACCAUCGACAACGUCAAGUCGAAGAUCCAGGACAAGGAGGGCAUCCCUCCUGAUCAACAACGUUUGAUCUUCGCCGGCAAGCAGCUUGAGGACGGUCGCACGCUUUCAGACUAUAACAUCCAGAAGGAGUCCACUCUCCACCUGGUCCUUCGCCUCCGUGGCGGUAUGCAGAUUUUCGUCAAGACCCUGACCGGCAAGACCAUCACUCUCGAGGUCGAGUCAUCUGACACCAUCGACAACGUCAAGUCGAAGAUCCAGGACAAGGAGGGCAUCCCCCCCGAUCAGCAGCGCCUUAUUUUUGCCGGCAAGCAGUUGGAGGACGGUCGUACUCUGUCCGACUACAACAUUCAGAAAGAGUCCACUCUACACUUGGUUCUCCGUCUACGUGGUGGUAUGCAGAUCUUUGUCAAGACGCUCACUGGCAAGACUAUUACACUUGAGGUCGAGUCAUCCGACACUAUCGAUAAUGUGAAGUCCAAGAUCCAAGAUAAGGAGGGCAUCCCCCCCGACCAGCAGCGUCUCAUCUUCGCAGGCAAGCAGCUUGAAGAUGGCCGCACACUCUCCGACUACAACAUCCAGAAGGAAUCCACCCUCCACCUUGUCCUCCGUCUACGUGGUGGUAUGCAAAUCUUUGUCAAGACUUUGACCGGAAAGACUAUCACGCUAGAGGUCGAGAGCUCAGACACCAUUGACAACGUCAAGAGCAAGAUCCAGGACAAGGAGGGUAUCCCCCCCGACCAGCAGCGUCUUAUCUUCGCUGGUAAGCAGCUGGAGGACGGACGUACUCUUUCGGACUACAACAUCCAGAAGGAGAGCACCCUGCACCUGGUGUUGCGUCUGCGUGGUGGCCAGUAA